AUGAACUCUUUUGCUGUCGUCUUUGAAGUUUGAUCUAAGUUUCUGAGUUCAUUGCCGUUUUUCUAUGAGUCUUGAAGUCUUCCAUAAAAACUCCUGCAUACCACAAAGAGUUUGUAUUUAAUGAGACCUCAGAAUUUUCUGGAGUGUCUUGAUCACCAAAUCAACCGAAAUGCAGCCAAAUGUUUGCACAACUUACGAUGUCUGUAUUCUACUGGUUCCUCGUCGAAUUCAGUGCAUGCUUUAUUUAAACGAACUUGGAAUAUGUUUUGUACCAAAUCACUCUUCUUUCCCCAACAAAAUGCAUAUUCACAAGAACCUAGUAAUUGAGUGCAAGAAAGAAAUCAUAUUAAGAAAUAAGAAAAAGCGAAAUACAGGCCUAAAAAUAAGUUAUUUCAAAACAAGAAAGGUGUACGAAAAGAAAAAAAAAUUACAAAUCCUUGAAGGAACAAGUCUUAAUAUACUUUUCUCAUCUGAUCAAAAAGCUUCCGAAUGCAUGAAAGCAAUUGAAUUUUUCUUCAAAAGUGCCCACACAAACGACGCUAAACCUUAUUUAGUCUUAAUAAAUCCUAAAAGUGGAUCAGGGAAUGCUCUAAAUGGUUUUAACUUCGAAAUUUCCCCCAUUUGGAAACAAAUGAAUGUUCCGUAUGAAUUAUUUUGUACAGAAUAUCCAGGCCAUGCAGAAAAUUUUAUCAGAAAUUUACCAAAAGCUAGUCUUUUACGUUAUCGAGCAAUAGUUACGUGUUCAGGUGAUGGACUAGUGUAUGAAGUAAUUAACGGAUUCAUAUCAAGAAAAAAUUAUGAUGACGCCAUUGAUGAGGAUACAAUACCUGUUGGGAUUCUACCAGGAGGUAGUGCUAAUUCAACUGCUGCUUCAAUUUGUUAUCAUUCUGGUUUAUUGGGCAAAUCAUCACUUUUAUCACACUGUGGCUUUCUGUUAACAUUACCAAUUGAAAAUUUACAAAAUAGUCAAUCUAAACAAGUUAAUGAGCAAAGUGAAAAUUACAAUUUUACUUUACCACUUUUACCGUGUAUCAGUCCGAUGAGUGGUAUACACUUUGGAACAUGUGACAGAAAUUUUCAUCGAUACGGUAUUCAAAGUAUUGAAUGGGGUUUCGUCGCUGAUUUGGACUACAAAAGUGAACGAUUUCGUUGGAUGGGUGAAAAACGAUUUCUACUUUAUGCAUGUUACUACCUUAUGAAGAAACCAACAUAUCGUGCUAAAUUAUCAUACUUACCGUUUGAUAAUGUACUAUACCAAAAAAACAAAUAUAAAAAUGAUGAACUGGUUCAAAAAUCUUCUGUACCAUCAACGGCAUGUAGAAAUUCAAGUGAUUUUACAGAUAAAUUAAACGUAUCUCCUACACAGAUAAAAAAGUCGUGUCAAUCCUGGUCGUUUCUACCAGAAAUUAACCAACCUAUUUCUAAUCAUCAAGAUAAAUGGGUCACUUUAGACAAAAACUUCGUUACAAUAUUAGUAACAAAUCACUCUCAUAUAACAUCUAGUACCGUAAUGUAUCCGGAUGCUCAUAUCAGUGACCCAUAUUUAACUUUAUUAAUUCUGCAUGAAAACACAACAAGGCUUGAUUUGUUAGCUUUGGGACGAGCAAUGUCAAAUGGUCAAGGCCUACAAUCAACAUCAAACAUGGAUAUUGUAAAAAUUUUUGCUCUACGAAUAGAACCGUAUUCUAAAGAUUCAGUCAUCACAAUGCUGGACGGAGAGCUCAUGCCUUCAGGCACAUUUCAAGCAGAAGUUAUCCCAGGAAUUUUAAAUGUUAUUUCAGGUACCAAGGUUGUAUGAACUCCAUAUUAUUUCAGAAUUUCAUUUUACUUAUUUGAAACAAAUCAGAACUUAAUCAACGACUUAUUUUUCUUUUCUAACUAAAAUAAAACAAAGAAAAGUUUUUUUCUUUUAAAUUUAUACGUUUUUUUUCACACUAUUGAAUAUUGUUCAUUUCAAUGUUGUUGUUGUUGUUCUUUUUUUAUCAAUGCUUGGCAGAGUUUUAAAUUUUCUCUAUUUUAAUGAAUUAAAACAAAAUAAUAGAAAAUUGAUUUUUUAAUUUUGUUUUUCUGAUGGCUAUUACAAAUUUUGUUUUUAUUUUUAUUUUUUUUGUAAAAACUUAAAUUUUAAAAAAAUUAAUUAUUUAAUAUCAGAUGGGUUUUGUGGAUAUUACAGUAAUUCCAAUGCGAGUCAGUUGAGGCUAGACCACCAUGGAAAACCGUCCAGUGCUUCCGGGUUUUCCAUGGUGGUCUAGCUUCGACUGACUCAUGAUCUCAACUAUUGAAAUUAUUUAUUUGUAAAUUAAUAUUUUGAAGAUAUUUACUGAUAUUUACUACUUGUUUAUCAUAAGUAAUUUAAAGUUUGAAAAAAAUGUUUAAGAGUUAAAUAAAUAAAAAAGUUAUACAUUUGACAAGUGAUUGAUUAAUAUCUUGUUUGUUUAAUCUUUUAAUAUGGACUGAAUUCUAUCAAAUAAACUGUAAUGUAAUUACAGGCUCAAUGGACUCUCGUUUACACUGUGAUCGAUAGAAUUUGAUUAAAAAAAUAAAAGAUAAAAUGUAUAUGUUAUUGCUUAACGAAUUUUUAAUUUCUCAAAAAUACAAGAGAUCAGUUAUUCCAUGAAAGUCCUACACUACACAAAUGGAUGAACUAGGUUAAAAUCCCAUAGAAAACAAAAAUUCAUUCAGGAUUAUAAGCAAGCCUUAUUAUGGAGUGCCAACUAGUAUGAAACAGAUUUUUAUCUCCAAACACCUCCAACUGUCCAAUAUAUAUAUUUGAUUUGAUAAAAAUGUUAUAUGUAUAACUGAGAACCGUACUUCUAUUUCUCAACUGAAAAUUUCAAUCCACUGCGAAUUCGAAGUUACUUGAAUUGUAGGCAUUUAUAUUAUAAUGGUCAAUGAUUAUAAAAUAAUAGUUUCUGGUUGAAUCGAACUAAAUCGAUUUUGGAAAGUAUGGUAAAUAAUUAUAUUUUAGAUGAUUGAUUAAAAGCAAUAUUAUCAAGACACGCCCACUUUUUAACUAUUUUUAUUCAAUGAAGUUAUACUAAUGAAUGAUCUAGACCAUUGCAAUUCAACUUGAGAAUUUUGAAUGGCAUUCUACGUUCGACGGUGAAUUGAAACUUAAAAAUUUAUAAAUCAUCACAGAACAUUUCUUUAUUCUUUCUUGGCUCUCAAUAUUUCUCUUUUCAACUCUAUUAAUAUAUAUAAAUAUACUACAAUAUCUAUAAUUAAACAAUGAAGGCGUUUGUUUGCGAAUUGUUAAAAUGAUAUAAUUCUAUUUCAAAAUAUCUAUAAUAAAGAAUUGAUUUUUAGACUUUGAUCACCGGUAAAAAGUAUUCAAAAUGGUGCCAUCUUUAUGACACAAGAAAACAAUAUUUAAAAAAAAGUUAUACACAACGUACAAAUGGAUUAUAUUUCUCAAGUUUCAAUCGAAAUGAACAG